UCUUGUCGAUCUUCUCCCUCCUUUUUCUCAUCUUGCUCUCUCUUUUUGCUAUCGUACGCUCGUGUCAAUUUCCCUUCGCACGUGUGUUUAAAGGCGGUGUUUCGCUGAUUCCGUUCCGUUUCCCGUUCUAUUUUCCGAUCAGUAUUCGUCGAUAUUCUCGGUCUUACCUUCGGAAUUCUCGAAGCUCCGGUCGCAGUGUCUUCUCCUUUCAAUUAUGGAUUUCCCCUCAGGGUACGUAAAUGCGGAAAUGCAAUAAAAGCAAUGUAUUUGAAGUGAUAAUUAAAGUGGGGAAAAAAGAAGGAAGCAUGAGUUUGGUGGAUUUUGUGAUUGCAAAAAGCCAGAGUGUUGAAUAAGUUAUGCUGCUUUUGCUAGUUGUGAGAGUUACGAAGACAAGACGAAAAGGAAGAAGGAAUAAGGAUAGAAAUGAAUGUUCAGGCACAUAUGUCUGGGCAGAUAUCGGGUCAGGCAGCUAAUCAAGGGGGAUUGCCCCAACAAAAUGGGAACCUUCUUCAGCCUGCCCAGAUGCAGAGUUUAGGUGUUGGAGGUGCAAGUGCUGCUGGAGGUCCUCCGCAUACUAUGUCAAAUAUGGACCCUGAGCUACAUAGAACUCGUGAAUAUAUGCGAGGAAAGAUCAUUGAUGUCUUAAAAUUGCGGAAUCAGCUUCCUAUUACUGAGGCAUCUAUGAUGAAGUUUCGGGAUUUUGCAAGACGAUUGGAAGAAGGUCUAUUUAAGAUUGCUCAUACAAAGGAGGACUAUACAAAUUUGAGUACUUUAGAGCACCGCUUGCAGAUUCUAUUAAGGGGGAGCAGAAAUGUGCACAACCAAAGGCAUCCACAGCUUGUUAAUUCAGCAUCAGCAUCAGCUUCAGUAGGUACUAUGAUUCCAACUCCUGGUAUAUCACACAGUGGCAAUCCUAGCAUUGUGGCUACAUCUUCUAUAGAUAAAUCUACAAGUGCUGCCAGUGCAAGCAUAGCUCCUACCAAUGUCAAUACAGGAAGCCUGUUGCCUAGCAGUGGCAUGACUAGUGCUUCUUUCACCAGAUCUGAAGGAAAUAUAUCUAAUGGCUAUCAACAGUUACCUGCGAAUUUUCCUCUUGCUUCUGGUGGAAUUUCAUCAAUUGGUGUGCAAAGAAUGGCAAGCCAAAUGAUUCCCACUCCUGGAUUUAAUAGUAAUAACAAUAAUGGUAGCAUUAAUGAUCAGUCUUCCAAUAAUGUUGGACUUUCAACUGUUGAAUCAACAAUGGUAUCCCAGCCACAGCAGCAAAAGCCACAUGGUGGUCAAAACAGUCGUAUAUUACGCACCCUUGGAAGCCAAAUGGGUAGUGGUAUCAGGUCAGGCUUGCAGCAGAAAGCUUUCGGGUUACCUCAUGGGUCCUUAAAUGGUGCAUUGGGGAUGAUGGGCAACAAUAUGCAUAUUGUGAGUGAACAUGGAACACCUGUCGGAUAUCAGACUACUACAGCUUUUGCUAGUUCGCCAAAACCUUUGCAACAAAACUUUGAUCAACAUCAGCUACCUGUAAUGCAAGCUGAUGGAUAUGGAAUGAACAAUGCUGAUUCUUUUGGGUCUGGAAACUUGUACGGUGCUGUAACAUCUGUUGGAUCAGUGACAAACUCUCAGAAUUUGAAUUCUGUUAAUUUGCAGUCUACAUCCAGAACAAAUACUUCUUUAAUAAAUAAUCAGUCAAAUUUACAUGCUGUGCAAUCGGCUGCCCAUAUGAAGCCCCAGUCCAUGGAUGAGUUUGAAAAGAUGAACUUUCAACCUGCAGUUUCUUCGAGAGAUGAUAUACUUCAAGUUAAUCAACAGAAACAAUUCCAGCACCCGUCUCUUCAGUACCAACAACAGCAGUUCCUUCAACAGCAACGCCAACAGAAGCAGCAAAAUUUGCUGAGCAAUAGUGGUUAUAGUCAGUCUCCACUGGCCUCUGAUAUAGGCAGUCAAGUAAAGUGUGAACCUGGAGUACAACAUCAUGACGAGGUUCUAUAUCAACAAGCUCCUGAACGCUUUCAGCUCUCAGAAUUGCAGAAUCCGUUUCUGCAGAACCAUAGUGAAGAGCUCGCUAAUCAGCAGAGUAUGUUGUCAUCACUGCCACAAAAUUCUGAACAAAUGCAACAGAUGUUGCAUCAAGACCAAUUGAUUCAAGAGUCUCAAAAUGAUUAUAAACUUCCGGCUGUAGCACAAAUGGAAUCAUUUGCUCAUAGCCAGUGGCACCCUCACUCACAAGAUCGGGCGCAAAUUCCAGGGAACAUAUCACAUGAGCAGCCUGUCCAAGAGGAAUUCCGCCAGAGAACAUCUGGGCCGGAUAAAGCUCAGUGUAACAAUUUAUCUGCAGAUGGAUCUACUAUCGGUCCGAUGGUUGAUGCUAGAAGCUCAUCAGAGCCUUUUAAUUCUAGAGGCGCCAUCUCUAAAUCUGAAAAUGGGAGCCAUGAUCGGCAGUAUAGAAAUCAAGUGAAGUGGCUUUUGUUUCUACGCCAUGCUCGUAGUUGUAAAGCCUCUGAGGGUAAGUGUGAUGGCUAUUGUUUUACCGUACGGAAGUUGUUGAGUCAUAUGAAUAAAUGCGAAUCAUCUCAAUGCUCAUAUCCUCGAUGCCUUCCCUCUAAGAUAUUGAUUCGUCACUACAAGACUUGUACAUAUCCAACAUGUCCCGUUUGUGUUCCUGUUAAAAAUUUUAUACAGGCUCAGAAGGCACAUGCCUGUCGGAACUCUGCUUCUGUUUUGCCUUCUGAUGGUGAUUCUACUAAAAUAAAUGAUGCUGGAGACAUUUCAGCUAGAAUGACUUCAAGAACUGCAUCAAAUGAUGCAUCUGUAGGUGUACAACCUUCACAAAAACGCAUGAAGAUAGAGCAAUCUUCUCAGUCUGUUAUUGCUGAAAGUGAAGGUCCUCUAGGUUCUGUUGUUGCUGAACCUCACAUAUCUCAGGACAUCCAGCGCCAAGAUUACCAACAUGUUGACAGGUGUAUGCCAGUUAAACCUGAACCUAUGGAAGUGAAGACUGAUGUCCCCGUGAGUUCUAGUGGUAAUCCUGUUUUUAUUGAGAUGAAGGAUGAUGUAGAUGACAUUAGCAAACAGAAGAUUGAUGGUGAGACUGUUACACUUGAUGAAUUUGGUGGUCUACCUAUGCAAGAAAGUGCGAAGAUUGAAAAGGAGCCUGACAUAGUCAAACAGGAAAAUGUUACGGAGUCUUCCGAAAGUGCAGCUGGAACCAAGUCUGGGAAACCAAAAAUAAAGGGGGUGUCACUUACUGAACUCUUCACCCCUGAGCAAGUUAGGGAGCAUAUUACAGGUCUCAGACGAUGGGUUGGCCAGAGUAAAGCAAAGGCUGAAAAGAAUCAAGCAAUGGAGCACUCAAUGAGUGAGAACUCAUGUCAAUUAUGUGCAGUUGAGAGACUUACUUUUGAACCCCCACCUAUUUACUGCAGUCCUUGUGGUGCUCGCAUUAAGCGAAAUGCAAUGUACUACACAAUGGGAGCUGGUGAUACACGACAUUACUUUUGUAUUCCAUGCCAUAAUGAGGCUCGUGGAGAUAGCAUUGUUGUUGAUGGAACUGCCAUUCCUAAGUCAAGGCUUGAGAAGAAGAAGAAUGAUGAAGAGAUCGAAGAAUGGUGGGUUCAAUGUGACAAGUGCGAAGCUUGGCAGCACCAGAUUUGUGCUUUAUUCAAUGGUAGAAGGAAUGAUGGCGGACAAGCUGAAUAUACAUGCCCCAAUUGCUAUAUUACUGAGGUCGAAAGAGGAGAGCGAAAGCCCCUACCUCAGAGUGCUGUCCUUGGGGCCAAAGAUUUGCCAAGAACAAUCCUUAGUGACCACAUAGAGCAGCGGUUAUUCAAGAGACUGAAACAGGAAAGACAAGAAAGGGCAAGGGUUCAAGGAAAAAGUUAUGAUGAGGUGCCUGGGGCUGAGGCACUUGUAAUUAGAGUUGUUUCAUCAGUUGACAAAAAGCUGGAAGUGAAGCAGCGAUUUCUUGAAAUCUUUCAGGAACAGAAUUAUCCACUUGAAUUUCCCUAUAAAUCAAAGGUAGUUUUAUUGUUUCAGAAGAUAGAAGGGGUAGAAGUAUGCUUAUUUGGUAUGUAUGUUCAAGAAUUUGGUUCAGAAUGUGCAUUUCCAAAUCAGCGUCGUGUUUAUCUGUCAUACCUAGAUUCAGUCAAGUAUUUCCGGCCUGAGGUUAAAGCAGUUACCGGAGAGGCUCUCCGUACCUUUGUUUACCAUGAAAUUCUUAUUGGAUACCUUGAAUAUUGCAAGAAGCGUGGUUUUACAAGUUGCUAUAUAUGGGCUUGCCCUCCACUUAAGGGAGAAGAUUAUAUCUUAUAUUGUCAUCCAGAAAUUCAGAAAACACCUAAAUCAGAUAAACUGCGAGAAUGGUAUCUAGCAAUGUUAAGGAAGGCUUCCAGGGAAAACAUUGUAGUUGAUCUUACUAAUUUGUAUGAUCAUUUCUUUGUAACUACCGGUGAAUGUAAGGCCAAAAUAACAGCAGCUAGACUGCCAUAUUUUGAUGGUGAUUACUGGCCUGGGGCUGCUGAAGAUUUAAUUAACCAGUUCCGUCUGGAAGAAGAUGGCAGAAAGCUGAACAAAAAAGGAACAAUAAAAAAGACAAUAACAAAAAGGGCUUUAAAAGCAUCGGGUCAAUCUGAUCUCUCUGCUAAUGCAUCAAAGGAUCUGCUACUGAUGCAUAAACUUGGUGAGACCAUUUGCCCAAUGAGGGAAGAUUUUAUCAUGGUUCACUUGCAGCAUUGUUGCACUCAUUGUUGUAUCCUGAUGGUGUCUGGAAAUCGCUGGGUCUGCAACCAGUGCAAGAAAUUUCAGAUUUGUGACAAGUGCCAUGAGGCAGAAUUGAAACGUGAUGAAAGAGAGAGACAUCCCUUCAAUCAGAGGGAAAAACAUGUUCUUUAUCCAAUUGAAAUAACUGAUGUCUCUACUGAUACAACCGAUCAAGAUGACAUUCUUGAGAGUGAAUUCUUUGAUACUAGACAGGCAUUUUUGAGUCUUUGUCAAGGGAACCAUUAUCAAUAUGAUACCCUGAGACGGGCUAAACAUUCCUCGAUGAUGGUACUCUACCAUCUUCACAAUCCAACUGCUCCUGCAUUUGUCACUCCCUGUUGCAUAUGUCAUCUGGAUAUUGAAACUGGUCAAGGUUGGCGAUGUGAAGUUUGCCCUGAUUAUGAUGUGUGCAAUGCCUGUUAUAAAAAGGAUGGGGGCAUUGAUCAUCCUCAUAAGUUAACAAAUCAUCCAUCCAUGGCAGAACGUGAUGCACAGAACAAAGAGGCCAGGCAACUACGUGUUCUGCAGCUGAGGAAAAUGCUUGACCUUUUAGUGCAUGCAUCACAAUGUCGUUCUGCACAUUGCCAAUACCCAAAUUGUCGGAAAGUGAAGGGGCUUUUCCGCCAUGGAAUUCAAUGCAAAACACGUGCUUCUGGUGGCUGUGUACUAUGCAAGAAAAUGUGGUAUUUGCUGCAACUCCAUGCACGAGCAUGCAAAGAAUCUCAAUGCCACGUACCACGUUGCAGAGACCUAAAGGAACAUUUGAGGAGGCUUCAACAACAAUCUGAUUCACGACGUAGGGCUGCUGUGAUGGAGAUGAUGAGACAGAGAGCUGCAGAGGUUGCUGGUAGUUCUGGGUAAAAGACCAAAGUGUUAAUAUGCAUUUUGGUGCUUUGAUGAAAAAAUGCGCCCUUCUAUAAAGGGAUGUCUAAGAUUGUUCACUGCUUGGAACUAGGCGGUGAUGAGAAAAUCCGGCUGAUCUAUAAAAGGUCAGAGGGGGAUAUGCAUAUGGCUCAUUAGGGAACAACUUUCAUUGAUAAAACCUGCAACUAAAUUCCCUACAAAGAAAGCCAACUGCCAUUGCCAACUUAGCCAUUCGGAGGAGUUCAAAUACUAGUGUACCCCAGCUGGCUGAUUCGACCUAUUUAUGUGGAAUGCCAUGCCACGCCAUUCGAACCCUUUGGUCCUGUGUACUAUAAUCGUUCUAGUCUGUCCAAAUUGCUUUCUUACAGAGGAAUCUGGGAGGUUAGUUUUAUUUUUUUUAUCUUUUUCCUCUAUUCUUCUUGCUAUGUUUUCGCAGUAGAACAUUGACCCCUCCCACUUUUCGUAGAAUGGGCAUUUUGAUUAAAGAUGGAACAAUAAGUAGGCAUUAGUGAAGAAAACUGCAUCAAUUCAUUUUUAGUCAAUAAUAUGAAAUUAUUAUAUGUAUAUAUAUUAUAUGGUUAAGUGGAAGAUGUGUUGGAUUUUUAAUGCAAGUUUUGUUUUCAAUA